AACAAAAUUCGUUCCCCUUUUACGCUUAAGCAACCCAAAAGCCCAGCCAUCUCCUCUCCGUCGCUGUCAGCCUGUCACAAAUCCUAUUCGUCUCCGGCUUCUCGAAGUUUCGGAGAACGCAUCUCCGGUUUCAUCGGACAUCAGUGCAUCGAUGGCUUCAUCAGUUCUCAAAUACUGACCUGUUCGUGUUCGACAGGCGACGACUUCAUCAGUUUUUCCGUCUUCGACGCUCUGUUCCGUCUCCGGCUUCAUGCUUUAGAAUCUUGCUGAGCAGCUCAAGUGUAGUGUGACAGACUUCAGUUGCUUGGUGGAUUUAAUAGUUCACUGGGGUGUGUAAAGGCAUAUUAAGGAAAUGGCUACCGAGCAGAAGGGAGAAGUGGAUCACUCGCCUGCUGGUGCUCCUGGUGUUGGAUUUAUCAGGAAGGCAGAAGAACAGUAUCGAAAAAUCAAGGAGCAUGCAGAAACGUAUCCUUAUGUGUGGGCUUCAUAUAUUGUUGUGUACGGUGGUUUUGGACUCUGGAUGACCUACAGGUGGAGAAAACUUCGUAAAACUGAGGACAGAGUAAGGGUUCUUCAAGAGAGACUUCGGAAACUUGUUGAAACUGAAGAGUCUGCAAGCUCUGCGGCAUCUGUUGAAAAGGUUCCCAAAUCUGCUGAAAAGACUUUACAAUCUGGUGAUAAAAUUUCCAAUUAAGGUUAUUUGUCAAUUCAUGGGCUUUAGUUUUUCUUUAACAUUAAUUCAGUUUUGGAAGUGGAUUGAUUGCGCUUCCUCUAGUUGGGUAUGAUGUGGUAGAUGCAUGAUUUUCAGAAAUAUUUUCUAGAAUUCCUUAUUCAGAACCUGAGCAUUUGUUGUAGUAUUUAAAAUUUCGGAAUCAAGAUUUUUUUGAAUUUUGGUAUAAAUGAUAUAAUAGAUUUUGGAGAA